AUGUCAGGGAAGUUGGACCACCUGGAGGAGCAUCUGGAGAAAUUCGUGGAGAACAUCCGGCAGCUCAGCAUCAUCGCCAGUGACUUCCAGCCCAGCAGCCAGGCCGGGCUCAACCAGAAACUGAAUUUGAUCGUGACCGGCUUACAGGAUAUUGAUAAGUGCAGACAGCAGCUUCAUGACAUUACUGUACCUUUGGAAGUUUUCGAAUAUAUAGAUCAAGGUCGGAACCCACAACUCUAUACCAAAGAGUGCCUGGAAAGAGCUCUGGCGAAAAAUGAGCAAGUUAAAGGGAAGAUGGAUACGAUGAAGAAAUUUAAAGGCCUGUUGAUUCAAGGGCUUUCUGAAGUCUUUCCAGAAGACGUGGCUAAAUACCGAAGCAUCCGAGGGGAGGACCAUCCCCCGUCCGUAACUUCCUCUUCAAACAUCUAG